AGCGCUGCAGCCAUGGGCAUCCGAGGCAUGCUGCGAGCCGCCGCGCUCCUGCUGCUCAUCAGAACCUGGCUCGCAGAGAGCUAUGACCCCAGUCCCACCCCAAAAUUCCAUUUCGAGUUCUCCUCCACCAUGCCCGAAGUCGUCCUGGACCUCUUCAACUGCAAAAAUUGUGCAAAUGAAGCUAUGGUUCAUAAGAUUUUGGACAGGGUGCUGUCGAAUUAUGAUGUCCGAUUGAGACCAAAUUUUGGAGGUGCCCCUGUGCCUGUGAAAAUAUCUAUCUAUGUCUCCAGCAUUGAACAGAUCUCAGAAACAAAUAUGGACUACACAAUCACAAUGAUUUUUCAUCAGACCUGGAAGGAUUCUCGCUUAGCAUACUAUGAGACCAACCUGAAUUUGACUCUGGACUAUCAGAUGCAUGAAAAGUUGUGGGUCCCUGACUGCUACUUUGUGAAUAGCAAGGAUGCUUUUGUACAUGAUGUAACUGUAGAAAAUCGUGUAUUUCAGCUUCACCCUGAUGGAACAGUGCAGUAUGGCAUCAGACUCACCACCACAGCAGCCUGUUCCCUGGAUCUGCACAAAUACCCUCUAGACAAGCAGGCCUGCAAGCUGGAGGUGGAGAGCUAUGGCUACACGGUUGAAGAUGUUGUCUUAUCCUGGGAAGACAAUGAGAAUGCCAUCCACAUGACUGAGGAGCUGCAUAUCCCUCAGUUUUCUUUCUUGGGAAGGACGAUUACUAGCAAGGAGGUGUACUUCUACACAGGUUCCUACAUGCGCCUGAUACUAAAGUUCCAGGUUCAGAGGGAAUUCAGCAGCUAUCUUGUACAGGUUUAUUGGCCCACUGUCCUCACCACCAUCCUCUCUUGGAUAUCAUUUUGGAUGAACUAUGAUUCCUCUGCAGCCAGGGUGACAAUUGGCCUGACUUCAAUUCUUGUCCUGACCACCAUCGACUCACAUAUGCGGGAUAGACUCCCCCACAUUUCCUAUAUCAAGGCCAUUGACAUCUACAUCCUUGUGUGCUUGUUCUUCGUGUUCCUGUCCUUGAUGGAGUAUGUCUACAUCAACUACCUUUUCUUCAGCCAAGGACCUCGGCGCCACCGUAGGCGAUACAGGAGACCCAGAAGAGUCCUAGCCCGCUACCACUACCAGGAAGUAGUGGUGGGAAAUGUGCAGGAUGGCCUGAUUAACGUGGAAGACGGAUUCGGCUCUCUUCCCACCAGCCCAGCACAGGCCCCCCUGGCGAGCCCGGAAAGCCUCGGCUCUUUGGCGUCCACCUCAGAGCGGGCCCAGCUGGCCAUCCCGGAAAGCCUCAGUCCACUGUCUUCCCUCUCAGGCCGAGCCCAGUUGGCCACUGGAGAAAGCCUGAGUGAUCUCCCCUCCACCUCCCAGCAGGCCCUUCAUGGCUAUGGUGUCCAUUUUAAUGGUUUCCGCAGUGAUGAUACUAUUACUCCUACUGAAAUCCGAAACCGUGCUGAGGCCCUUGACCAUGCUAAGACCUAUGACGAUGAAGACUCCGAAGAUGACCUGAGUUUGGAUGAGAACCAUGGCCAUGGCCCCAGCAGGAAACGCAUGAUGUACCGUGGCCAGAGCUGUGUGCUAGAAGGAGGCUGGGACCUUGAUGAGAUCCAGAGCUUCCAUGAUGACAUCAAUGUUGAGAGCCGAAGCCUUGACCUGGAAGACCAACGCAGGAGUGAUACUCACAGUAUCUGGAGCCUUGAUGAUGAGGAGCUCAUGGCCGGUGACCAAGAGAAUGAUAGUAGCUCAGAGUCUGAGGAUAGUUGCCCACCAAGCCCUGGGUGCUCUUUCAAUGAAGGGUUCUCUUUCUACGUCUUUAGCCCUAGCCGUGUCCCCAAGAUUGACAAGUGGUCCCGAUUCCUCUUCCCUCUUUCCUUUGGCCUGUUCAACGUAGUUUACUGGCUGUACCAUAUCUACUAGUUCCCAGGGCCCCGAGCAGCAGAGCCACUAUGCUGUGCUCCCUUCA